GAUAAUUAUAUGUAGAUCGAAAAGUGUAUAGAGAUAGAAACAUGAUGUUCGAUAUUUCUUUAGUUUUCAUCUGUCUAUUUGUCCAUGAGAUCGCAGGGCAUGGAAUGAUGUUGGAUCCUCCUAACAGGAGUUCCAUCUGGAGAUACAAUAGUUCAGCUAUACCCAAUUACAAUGAUAAUGAGAAUUUUUGUGGAGGUUUUAUGGUGCAAUACGAGCAAAAUGAGGGUAAAUGUGGUAUCUGCGGAGACUCAUAUGCAGAUCCCCACCCACAGAAGAAUGAAAAUACUGGAGAAUACGGCCAAGGCAUCAUUGGAGGCAUAUACGAAGCUGGUAGCGUGAUUGAUAUAUCGAUUCUUCUAACAGCUAAUCAUCUCGGAGAGUUUACCUACAGUAUAUGCGAACUGAAAGAUCCCAACGCCCCAGAAUCAGGUGAGGAAUGUUUCACACCGUUACUGUUUGAAGAUGGUUCUGAAAGAUAUAUCGUUCAUGAGGAUGAUUAUGAAAUCCAUAACAGAAUUCAGCUGCCUGACUCGCCAUGUGAGAGAUGUGUUUUGAGGUGGACCUACAAAUGUGGAAACAACUGGGGCGUAUGCGAUGAUCUUAUUUGGCGUCCAGGAUGUGGCCCACAGGAACACUUCAGAUCUUGUUCAGAUAUCGUCAUCCAAUAACAAUCU